AUGAAUGAACAACAAAUUUUCAUUUCCGAACAAUUAGAACUCCAAGUAGAUUCUCUCAAUGAAUUGAAAUUUAAGAAUAUAUUCUCAAAUGAUGAAAUUGCUAAAAUUGUUCAAAAGAGAACAGACUAUUUAUACUUGUUAGCCUCAUCACUUCCAAAAGAAGAUUUAUUGCAUCCAUAUCUCAGUCAUAUGCUCUUCGAGUUGAAUUUAUUAACUUUGAUUAAAGCAAGACUAAAGCUCUCAAAAAAGAAGAAUAAUGAAUUCAACAUUCAUUUACAGUUUCCAUAUAAUCAAUUCAAAAUUGGUAUUUCCAAAUUUAGUACUCAAGUAUAUCUAUUUAAAUCUUAUAUUGACUUUUGUGUGCAGUAUCAAUUGAAACCCAAUGCUGCAUUCGAUCAAGUUCUAUCCAAACACUCAAACCAAGAACAUUUAUGGUUGUUAUAUGCUAAAUUUGAAUUUGAAUACAACCAAGCAAUUGAUAAUAGUAUGGAAGUGUUAAAGAAAGGUAUUAAGGCCAUUCCUCACAGCGGUGUUUUUCUAUAUAUGGAACUCAUGAAAUUGAAAUUAAUUAAGGAAGAAUAUGAUGAUUUCUCAACAAUAUUUAAUACCAUGCUCGAAAGUAUUCAAGAAAUUCACUAUGAACACUUUUUCAGUAUUUUAAAACUAUUACUUUUUUAUUGGAGAGAAUCUUGUAAGAAGAAGAAACAAGAUAUUCUUGAAAUGGAUGAAAAUGAGGAAGAAGAGACUACUACUAGUAGUAGUGGAGAAUCCAAUGUAUUCUUUCCAAACAUGAUCCAACACAUUCUAUCCAAUGUGUUAUUGAAAAAUUAUAGAACUAAUGAAAAAUGUCUCUAUCUCAUUAUGAAAUUUAAAUUAGAAUAUUUAACACCACAACACCACAACUCGAGUACUACUACAAUGUCGACCAAUUCUCCUCUACCCAAUUAUGAAACUAUUCUAUCAGUGAUGGACCAUAUUUGUGAUCGAGUAUGUCAUACUACUCUCAUGUAUCACUAUUAUAUUUUAUUAUUAAGUGAUUUAUUUAGCAUGAGUGGUGGUGAUAUAUCAUUCAUUAAUAGAAUUCAUCAAGUAUUUAACAAGAUGAAUCAAUGUAGCCUGUUAACUUUUAGAACACUCUUCAUCUAUUCAAAUAUUUUAUUAUCCUAUCAAAGAGAAGCACAUACGAGUGUUGUGAUUAGAAUGUUGAAACAAAGUCAUGUCAUGUUAGAAAAAUUGAGAAGCGUCGAUUCUCAUGAUUUUGUCAAGUGUUUAACUCUGUUAUUAGAAUUGACAAAUUAUUCAAAAGAUUCUAUUGAAUAUGCUUGCAAAUGGGUGAAUGGCCCUAAAUCUAUCGAGAAUGAGAGUAAGAUUGAAUUUUAUAAGAAUUUAUUACCACAUCUUGAUCAUCCAUCCUCCACUCAAACAUUCUCUCAAGAAUAUAUUUAUCAAAUGCAUGUAGAUGCCAUCAAGAAUACUCUCAAUAGUGUUCAAAUGAAAAAGUUAUUCUUCAAACGAUUUGCUUCUGGUGAUGACAUUUUCACAAGUGAAGGAUUCCAACAAUUAGAUCGAGUCGUGAAAUUAAUUGGAUCUUUGCCUCCAAAUGAUCAUCAAGUUUAUCAAAUGAUGCUCAAUCAUCUCACCAAGAAAAUUAAUGAAUUAGAGCAACAACAUCAAGAAGGACCUUACUACUCGCGAGUCCAACAAUUAUUGAAUCACUUGUUUGAACAACAAAUGGUUGAAAAUAAGAAUGAUUGGAAGGUUUACAUUCAGUAUAUGCAGUACUUGAAAAAACAACAACGUCUUAAAACUAUUUCAUCGGUUUAUCAAAAAGCCAUGAAUGCUUUGAGUGGUAAAACUCAAGAACUCAACUCAUUCAUUCAACACUAUGACAAGUACAUCAAGUAA